AUGUGUGGGGACCCAGGGCUGCUGCUGCUCCUGUCACUGCUGGCAGGGGGCCUGGGCGCCCAGGGCCGCAACCAGGAGGAGCGCCUGCUUGCCGACCUCAUGCGUGACUAUGACCCGAACCUGCGGCCGGCUGAACACGAGGAGGACGUGGUCAACGUGAGCCUGAAGCUCACCCUGACCAACCUCAUCUCCCUGAACGAACGUGAGGAGGCCCUGACCACCAACGUCUGGAUAGAGAUGCAAUGGUGUGAUUACCGCCUGCGCUGGGACCCCCAGGACUACGAGGGCCUGUGGGUGCUGCGGGUGCCCUCCCCCAUGGUGUGGCGGCCGGAUGUCGUGCUAGAAAACAAUGUGGACGGCGUGUUCGAGGUGGCCCUCUACUGCAAUGUGCUCGUGUCCCCCGACGGCUGCAUCUACUGGCUGCCACCUGCCAUCUUCCGCUCCGCCUGCCCCAUCUCCGUCACCUUCUUCCCCUUCGACUGGCAGAACUGCUCCCUCAUCUUCCAGUCCCAGACUUACAGCACCAAUGAGAUCAAUUUACAGCUGAGCCAGGAGGAUGGUCAGACCAGCGAGUGGAUUUUCAUUGACCCUGAAGCCUUCACAGAGAACGGGGAGUGGGCCAUCCGGCACCGGCCGGCCAAGAUGCUACUGGACCCAGCGGUCCCAGUGGAGGAGGCGGGCCACCAGAAGGUGGGGUUCUACCUGCUUAUCCAGCGCAAACCCCUCUUCUACGUCAUCAACAUCAUCGCCCCCUGUGUACUCAUCUCCUCGGUCGCCAUCCUCAUCUACUUCCUGCCUGCCAAGGCGGGCGGUCAGAAGUGCACUGUCGCCAUCAACGUGCUUCUGGCCCAGACCGUCUUCCUCUUCCUGGUGGCCAAGAAGGUGCCGGAGACGUCGCAGGCGGUCCCGCUCAUCAGCAAGUACUUGACCUUCCUCCUGGUGGUGACCAUUCUCAUCGUCGUCAACGCCGUGGUCGUGCUCAACGUGUCCCUGAGGUCUCCACACACACACUCCAUGGCCCGCGGCGUCCGCAAGGUGUUCCUACGCCUCCUGCCCCAGCUGCUGCGCAUGCACGUGCGCCCUCCGGCCCCGGGGGCAGCGCGGGAGCCUCGCCCCCGCCCCCGCCUGCAGAACGGCUGCUCGGGGUGGCCGGUCCGCGCCCGGGAGCAGGCGGCCCUGGGCCUGCCCCACAGCGAGCUGCUGUUCCAGCAGAGCCGGCGCAACGGGCUGGUGCGGGCGGCGCUGGAGAAGCUGGAGAAAGGCCCGGAGCCAGGCCCGAGCCAGGAGCUCUGCAGCAGCCUGAGGCAGGCGGCACCAGCCAUCCAGAGGUGCGUGGAGGCCUGCAACCUCAUCGCCAGGGCCCGCCACCAGCAGAGUCAUUUCAACAGUGGGAACGAGGAGUGGUUCCUGGUGGGCCGUGUGCUGGACCGGGUCUGCUUCCUGGCCAUGCUCUCCCUCUUCGUCUGCGGCACCGCUGGCAUCUUCCUCAUGGCCCACUACAACCGUGUGCCCGCCCUGCCCUUCCCUGGAGACCCCCGGCCCUACCUGCCGUCACCUGACUGA